AUGAGUGUCCCGCCUGGACAGAAUACCAUGGAGCAAGCAGGGAGUUCUUCGUCGGACCAAAGCUCUGCCGAGCUGGAGCUGAUGCGUCUCGUGAUAAACUGCAUACGGCAGUCUAUCUUGGUGAGCACCCAGCCGGGCCCUGAGAUUGCGGCGUCCGUGUGUCGGGUCAUAGCACGGCAGGCGCGGCAGCGCUACCAGGCUGUGUACAAGUUGUGGAGCGAUCUGCGAGCUGCGUCGCUGCGUAAACUGCGCGCCCACCUCGCCCGCGGCGACACAUCACCGACGCACCAGCGACUGUCCACGCUCGAGUGGGCCGUUGUGGAUCUUUUGCUACUCUACGACUCGUCGAUUAAUGUGGCGAACUUCUUCCACCCGGCGCAGUUGGCGGCGCUGGAGCGCACCUUCUCCCUGGUGCAGGUGCUGCGCCUGGAGCCGGAGCGCAGCCGGGGAGUGUCUCCGGACCGGUGGAGGCGGGCGGCCGACCGCUACUCCCGGAAGCGAGCUUCUUCCACCCAGCCAGCUGACGGCGCUGGAGCGCACCUUCUCCCUGGUGCAGGCGCUGCGGCUGGAGCCGGAGGGCGGGCGGGAAGUGUCUCCGGACCGGUGGCGGCGGGCGGCCCGCUGCUACUGCAGGCAGUAGGUGCACUCCACGUACCGGCGAACUCCUUCCACCCGGCGCAGCUGGCGGCGCUGGAGCGCACCUUCUCCCUGGUUCAGGUGCUGCGCCUGGAGCCGGAGGGCGGGCGGGAAGUGUCUCCGGACCGGUGGCGGCGGGCGGCCCGCUGCUACUGCAGGCAGUGCUGCGCCUGGAGCCGAAGGGCGGGCGGGAAGUGUCUCCGGACCGGUGGAGGCGGGCGGCUGACCGCUAGUCCAGGAAGUAGGUGCACUCCACGUACAGGCGACCUUCUUCCACCCGGCCAGCUGGCGGCGCUGGAGCGCACCUUCUCCCUGGUGCAGGUGCUGCGCCUGGAGCCGGAGCGCGGCCGGGGAGUGUCGCCGGACCGGUGGCGGCGGGCGGCCGACCGCUACUGCAGGAAGUGCUGCGCCUGGAGCCGGAGCGCGGCCGGGGAGUGUCGCCGGACCGGUGGCGGCGGGCGGCCGACCGCUACUGCAGGAAGUAGGUGCACUCCACGUACAGGCGACCUUCUUCCACCCGGCCAGCUGGCGGCGCUGGAGCUCACCUUCUCCCUGGUGCAGGUGCUGCGCCUGGAGCCGGAGGGCGGGCGGGAAGUGUCUCCGGACUGGUGGAGGCGGGCAGCCGACCGCUACUCCAGGAAUGGCGUGACGCUAUCGGCGGUGGCUCUGCAGCGACGCUGGUACGAGAUGAAGCAGCACGCGCGGCAACGCACAUGUGUCCCCGCCACGCCCUUCGUACUCCACGCCAUCGUGCACAGGUACCCCCACGUGGCGAAGACUGAGCUGCCGUCGUGGCGGGACUUGGUGACCGCGGGGAUGGUGGCAGAGCCGACGGCAGUGCCGAGCCCUCGACCUGAACCGGCCAUACAAUGCAAACUGAUACAAAGAAAGACUGAAGCGCACCAGCGGCAUCCUAGCGUGCCUGCAAGAAAAAAUGGCGACACCGAUGAUAGGUUAGGCGAAGAAGACGACGUACAUGGUAAAUCUAAAGAUGAACCAAUCACUGCUCCUGGUCGAGCACAUGUGAGUUCUAACAAUAACAAUAAAGAAAAACCUCAUUGUGAUAAUACAAACAAUAUCCAGCUAAGCAAAAAAAUAUGUAGAAAAGAAAUCGAUAAUACAGAUAUAAAAGUAAAACCAGAGAUAAUAGAAAUAGACGACGAUACUCCAAGCCCCAAAGCCGAUGUUGUAGAAGCAAUGCAAGAUUUAGACUUGAAUAAUGUCGAUGCAAUGAUUAUCUAUGAAAGCGACGAGGACGUUAAAACUAUAUUUGAUGUUCAAAUGGGCAAUGCUGAUAAACAUGCAGAUAUUGAUAGAAAUGAAGAAAACAGUGAAAAUGUUAAAAAUAAUAAAAUAGUUGAACAAUCAAAAUACAAAAUACAUACAAGUUGUAUAAUUGAAAGGGAUAUAGACUGUGACAAUGUAAUGCCAUUUAAACAAAAUGGAGAUGAUUCUUUAAAAACAGCUGAGGAUAAUGACAAUAACAAUAAACAUAUAGACGAGUUUGAAGAAAACUCGAUGAAUAUAGUAAUAUCAAAAGUUUGGAGUGAAAGAGAUGUGCAAAAAGACAAUUUUCAUAAUAAUGCAGAUAAUCUUAGAAAUGGCAACAGUGAUAGUGAUAGUGAUAGCGACGCUAUAAGUGUUGGAAAUGAUGUCGACUAUUAUUCAUACUAUAAAUUAGUACUAGCGAAAUAUUUGACGAUUUCGGACGUAUUAGAUCUCAAACUGUUGAAGCGUCCAGUAGUCUCAUUGCAAAGGCUCGACUUAAAGUCCACCAACAAAUCACCACCUAGUCAAAAACGUCAAAGAACCAUAAGGCCUUCCUCCAAAUUGUUACAUGGAAAAAACAAAGAACUUUUAAAACAGUGCAAGGCUUGCGAGGUGUCUUUGACGAAGAUAGACAGAAAGGGAAGGAAGACGAGAAAGGUGAAGUUACCGGAUAUAGAGAAAGUGCGGAAAGAUAACAGAGCCAUACUGACAGCGGAGGUGGCGCCUCUAGUGGCAGAACCAUCGAGUGUUGUUCGACAGUACGGUCCUGCUAGAACCAAGCGACUCCUAAAUACGACCGACAACGACCAAUCCGUGUUACCAAAAAAACCAGUCCUUGACUCAUCAGAAUCAUCUAUUUUAAAGAAUAUAGAGAAAACUCAUGCCCUACCGAGUACUUGCUGUCAGGACUCUUUAAUCGACCAGCAGCUCCGGCAAAAUGUUCUAAUAAAUCAACAACAACACAACAAUAACAACUUGCCAUCUCAAGAUACGAAUAUGUUUCAAGAUUGUCAAAAUAAUUUGCGGAAAGAUGAUCAAGUACAGAAUUUAAAUGUUGCUUUCGAUUCCAUGUCGAAUCUGAUGCUAGAAAUGUCAGAUAAUGGGCUACACGCUUCGAGUGUGCAGAAUUUACACACGGGCCCGGAAUCACAAGAUGUAUCAGCAAAGCAUAUGACAACCAAAGAUACAGAUCAUAGACAAGAUUGGUCUGAAAACAUGUCUGACACGUGCCGAGUUUCAACAGUCACGCCGAUACCAAAACACAUAUCGGCACCAGUACCGAAACAUUCAGUGUCUAUACCAGUUCUACCGAAAAAGGCUUGGGUAACUAUACCUGCACCCACGCCGAAAUUACCAGUGCUGAUACCCAAUCCGCCGAUCAGGUUACCCAAACCUGGAUCCACGCCGAUACCAACGGUGCCGCUAACAAUCCCGCCGGUUAAGUUAGCCCAACCAGAACUUACACCGAAACAUUCAGUGUCGGUACCAGCUCCCCCGAUAAAGGUUUGGGUAACUUUACCUGUACCCACGCCGAAACUACCAGUGCUAAUACCCAAUCCGGCGAUCAGGAUACCCAAACUUGGAUCCACGCCGAUGCCAACGGUGCCGCUAACAAUCCCGCCGGUUAAGUUACCCCAACCAGAACCUACACCGAAACAAUCGGUGCCGACAGUGACAACACCCAAACCUUUACCCACGCCGAAACCAGCAGGACCGGUACCAAACCCGCUGACAAUGCUAACAUCCAAACUUGAACACGCGAUGAAAUUAACCAUACCAGAACCAAACCUUCCGACGUCAACACCAAAACUAGAUCCGGGACCAACCUCGUUAAUACCGAACCCACCAAUUAACGUACUCACACCUGAACUGGAGCCCGCACCCGCACCAACCCCGCCCACAUCGGUAACACCCAAACGUAAACCCGCGCUGAAAUUAUAUUUCCCGGUCCCGCCUAUCACAUUCGCACAAAUAUUUAAGCCCGUGCCGAUACCGCAGACAAUACUAACACCCAAACCUAACGCGCUGAAAUCAUUCGUACCGGUACCUAACCUGCCGACUCCCAAACUAGAACCAUUCACACCGGUACAAUGCCCGCCGGAAACGUUAACACCCAAACUGGAACCCACGCCGGAAGACCAGCCGGUCACCUUCACAACUAAACCUGCAGUGGCAGAACCUUUCUCGACGAUACCUGACCCGCCGUCAGUCUUACAACCCAAACUUGAACCCACCUUGGAUCCUUCCGCGCCGAUACCAACCUCGCCGACAAUGUUAACACCCAAAUCUGAACCAUCGUCGGAACCUUUUGCAUCGGCCAGCAAUUCAACCGAUGUGGACCAAAACUGUACAAUAUAUAGUGAUAAUAACUCCCCAAUAUCUCCUGUGGACGUAAAUGAGUUUAAUCCAUUCAAAGUCACGCCUAUACUACAAACUGCAACGCUAUUAAAUCCAACGUUAGACUUUGUCUUGGAACCCUCUAGACAUUCUGGAUCAUCUACAACUUCAGGAUCUUUACCACAAUCGGCGCUGAUACCAGACACGCCAACAUCGUCCAAGGUUACCUUAAAACCUUCUUCUAUACACGUGAAAAAAUCCACGACAAAACCGUGUAAGAAACAACGGAUAAAACCGUAUAUUUUACAAUACGCACUAAAACGAUCCGGGGACCAAGUGAUAUUGAAACCGCUGUUCGCAAAAAAAGCGCCGACCAAAAACACAAAGACGCCGAGUUUACCUUUCGCACCGUCUUUAGCAGCCUCCACGUCGUCAGUAGAACGGCUAACGAAGAAACAAAGAAGAACGAGGAAGGGAGAAACAAAGCAAACAGAGCUAGAGAGAGGACCGUGGCGGAUGGAACCCGACUCGGUCGACCAAUCAGAGUUCGACAUGGACAUGACCCUCGCGGAGGCUUACUACCAUCUGUAUAGAGAAGACACGUCGUUUGAGAGAUCCGUACCGUUAUUAAAUUUGUUAUAACGUAUCUAUUUUUUACGUUUACAAGCCUUUUUUUAUAAAAGAUUAGUUUCACUUGGAAUGUUAGCUUAUAAGAAUGCAUGUAUGUACAUAUAGCCAGAAUAUA